AUGCCAGAACUAACUAGCCAAGAGCAAUGGAUAGAUAUUGCAAAUAAGUUUUACAAAAAGACUAACUUUCCAAAUUGUAUUGGAGCAGUAGAUGGGAAACACAUCAGAUUAGAUGCAGAAUAUUGUUUUACGACCAUCGACGUCGGUGCUUAUGGUAGAGAGGGUGAUUCUACCGUUUUUAAAGAAUGCCCGUUUGGUAGAAAACUGUAUUCCGAAGAACUAAAUCUUCCCGAACCGGUGUGCCUACCUAAUACCACAGAUUCCCCGCAACCCUUCGUUAUAGUAGCAGAUGAAGCAUUUGGCCUACAUAAAAAUUUAUUGAGACCGUACCCAGGACGUGGACUCAAUGAUAAAAGAAAAAUUUUCAACUAUAGGUUGUCGAGGGCCAGGCGAUAUGUGGAAUGUGCUUUUGGCAUUCUAGCGAAUAAAUGGAGAGUUUUACACACCCCAAUAUUAGUCGAACCAGAUUUUACUGACUGUAUCGUGAAAGCAUGCUGUAUUUUACAUAACUAUGUACGAAGGAGAGACGGAUAUCAAUUUGAAGAUACAUUUUUUAAUAAUUUGGACGAUAUUCAAAACCAUGGAAAUUCCGGAGCUCGUCACGAAGGGAUUGGUGUACGAGAAUAUUUCGCAGAUUAUUUUGUAAACGCUGGGUCAGUUCCAUUUCAAAAUCGUUUUACUUGA